CAGCAGUGUGAGGAUCAUGUGUAGUCCACGCGGCGAAACUAGGUUACAGCGAGCCGCGGAGCAGGAAGGAGCUCGGGGCAGCGGAGAAGCCGCUGUGUUGCUGUAUAGGUGAUUUGUCACAACCAUAUCUCUGAGAGUGCACGGAGGUGACCAAAGUUACUAAGAUUCGUAAAGUCGGAGCGGAUGAAGAAAUUGUAGAAAACCCAUAUGAGGAUUUGUUGUUGUGACAGUUUUCAGCUGGUCCGAUUUGGAGCGAACAAGUUCGCGUCGCUGUCGGUGUUUCUUGGCUUCAUUUCCACCUGGAGGAGGUGGCUGACUUCAACGCCAACAUGAGAGCUCAAAUAGAGGUUAUUCCCUGUAAAAUCUGUGGGGACAAAUCAUCAGGGAUUCACUAUGGUGUCAUUACCUGUGAAGGCUGCAAGGGUUUUUUUCGACGCAGCCAGCAGAACAAUGCAAUGUACUCCUGCUCACGUCAAAGAAACUGUCUAAUUGAUCGGACGAGCCGAAAUCGCUGUCAGCACUGCAGGCUGCAGAAGUGUCUCGCUCUGGGCAUGAGUCGUGAUGCGGUGAAGUUUGGUCGAAUGUCCAAAAAGCAGCGCGACAGCCUGUAUGCAGAGGUCCAGAAGCACCAGCAGUCCCAGGAGUCUGUGGGGGUCGGUGCACAUGAGGAGAACAGUGACAUGGCUGACCAUAUCCACACAUACAGAAGAGGCUCCAUCACCACGCUCAGCGACCUAGACGACAUCACCACGCUGCCAGAAGGCCUGCUUUUCGACCUGCCGCUGACCCCAGAGGAUACAAGUGGAGAGUACUGUAACCUAGACAUGCUGGGUGGCAGUACAGGCAGCAGCUCGUCUUCUCAGAGCUCACCAGAACAGACCAACUUGGAUUUUGUAGACAGCAACCACAGUAUCAAGCACGAAUACCAGCUGUUCCAGGAAUCCGGGCUUUUCUCACAUGCUAUCCUCAACCCGCUGCCCGACAGCUGCUCCCUGCUUGAGAUAGAGCGCAUAACUCAGAGUGUGGUGAGGUCCCAUAUUGAAACAAGCCAGUACAGCACAGAGGAGCUGAAGAGAAUGAUGUGGACCUUGUAUACUCCAGAGGAGACACACUCAUACGAAACCAAGUCAGCUGAGAUGAUGUGGCAACAAUGUGCCAUUCACAUCACCAAUGCAAUCCAGUAUGUGGUAGAGUUUGCCAAGCGCAUCUCUGGCUUCAUGGACCUCUGUCAGAAUGAUCAGAUAAUCCUCCUCAAAGCAGGCUGCAUGGACGUUCUUCUGAUUCGAAUGUGUAGGGCCUAUAACCCCAUCAAUAAUACAAUGCUCUUUGAUGGAAAGUUUGCCACUGCACAGCUUUUCAAAGCACUGGGCUGUGAUGACCUUGUGAAUGCAGUGUUUGACUUAGCGAAAAGCAUGAGCCGUAUACAGAUGUCUGAGGAAGAGAUGGCUCUCUUCUCUGCUGCUGUACUGCUCUCACCAGACCGAAUGUGGCUGACAGAUGUCCAAAAGAUCCACAAGUUACAGGAGAAAGUCUAUGUGGCUCUGCAGCGGUGUCUACAAAAAGAGGGAGCACCAGAAGAAAAACUAGCUAAGAUGGUGUCUAAGCUUCCCAUAAUGAAGUCAAUUUGCAACCUUCACAUUGACAAACUGGAGUUUUUCUGUCUGAUUCAUCCUGAGACAGCAUAUACAUUUCCUCCUCUCUAUAGGGAGGUCUUUGGCAGUGAAAUCAGCUUUCCAGACUCCACAGAGGGCUAGUGCUCUUUAGCUAAAAUAGCAUGAUUCAGAUAUAAGCGUUGAGGUGUAGGGACGAGGUGAUUAAAAAAAAUGUGGCAGCCAACUGAGACAAAACCAACCAGCAGCUUAAUGACAAUCCUGCACACUACACUUUAGGACACACUUCUCUCACCUCUGAGCUCCCAACCCUGUGGAGUAGCUUACACUGCCCUGCAAGCCAGUCCUUUCAGCUUUAGUUUAACACUACAGAAACUGUUGCUGGCUACUCAGUGCAUAGUUACCUCUUUUUGGGGGGAAUUUAAGAAAUUGUUAAAGGGGAGCCGUUAUAAUUCAUAUUGAUAUUUUUCUGUGAGGAGACCUCAAACCUCUCAUCACGUUUCAUAUAUAAAUUUGACCUUCAUUGCUCUAACAGUUCCUGUAAGCUAUUAUUGAAUGUACCCCCUUUUCCCUUAAACGUAAGAGAAUGUACAUGCUUUAAAUCCUCAUCCACUUUGUGGAAAUUGGCAGUAACAAUUCCUGUUUCAGUUGUCAGUCUAGCAACACUUUAUUGGCAGUUUAUUGUUUCAUUCAAUAUUUUUGUAGCAGUUUUGUAUGAACAAACUGAUUAAAGGGACCAUGAUCAAAACUCUCAUGCCCACAGGGUUUUUUAAAAACUCUGUACAUCCUGGGUAAACAUUCAGAUUUUCUGCCACCAUGCACACCCAGCACAAACAUGGCACUUAUGCUGAAUUUUGUAGGUAUUUUUACUAGCACACCCUCAGUCACUGAUUUAAACGAGCCCUUUAUUUUUUAUGCAAUGUGAAAAUAUUUUCAUAUAGAGUAUACUGUAUGUCUACA